UAUGAUAUCAAAAUGUCAUAUCAGUCUACGAUGGCCUAAUGUUGAAUGAUCUCUGUGCGCCGAUUUGCCUUCAUUAUUGUGAGUGCGCAAUUAUGAUUCCACUGCACCCGCGGCACUUCCGUUCCACAGAAGGCGAUUUGCACGAGCUCAGGCAGUGGGGAGAUCCAGACACAAAGGAGGUUCCUUCUAAUUUCUUGUCCAAACCGGUAUGUCGGAUAAGGAUUCGUGUGUCAGCACUAGCUCUUCGUCUUCUUCCUCCAAUCAAAACAAACCGAAGGACACACCUUGCAAGAAACGAGAGACCAAAGCCAGUAUGAGCAAGACCUCCAAGCUGCUAUCCACCAGCGCAAAGAGGAUUCAGAAAGAGCUGGCAGAUAUCACGCUGGACCCUCCGCCAAACUGCAGCGCUGGUCCCAAAGGAGACAACAUUUAUGAGUGGAGGUCAACCAUCCUGGGACCACCGGGCUCUGUUUACGAGGGAGGGGUCUUUUUCCUGGACAUCGCCUUCACACCCGACUACCCCUUCAAACCACCCAAGGUAACGUUUCGGACGAGGAUCUACCACUGUAACAUCAACAGUCAGGGGGUGAUCUGUCUGGACAUCCUGAAGGACAACUGGAGCCCCGCCCUCACGAUCUCCAAGGUGCUACUGUCCAUCUGCUCUCUGCUCACAGACUGUAACCCAGCUGAUCCCCUGGUUGGAAGCAUCGCCACCCAGUACACGACAAACAGAGCCGAGCAUGAUAGAACAGCCAAACAGUGGACGAAGCGGUACGCCACAUAGAGCACAGCCGUGUGGGGGGGGGGGAUUUCUAUUUCAGAUUUUUAGUACUUUAUUGUCUGGUAUAUUUUUUUUGGUUCCUGAUUAAGUUAUCUGUGCAAAUAUGAAAAUAAAGAAAAACAAUGAAACAAUA